GAGGAAGGGGUUAUUAAUAUUCAUGCGGUUUACCUUUUACGGUUUAAACAAAAUGUAAAAUAAAUCAUUUUAAAAUAUGUUUUAAAAAUGUCAAAUUUAGUCUGAGAACACAAAAAUCAUUACGAAAUGGACGUAUCAAGGCAAAACUGGUUUUUGUAUUUUUGCGCAUUUGGAGUAAAUGUUGUGCUAGUAUGCUUUGGUAGCAUGCUGGUUUGGACUUCCCCAGUAAUACCAAAAUUACAAUCCAAUGACACCCUAGUGAAUCCCAUUGGAAGACCACUCACUGUAUGGGAACUUUCAAUUCUCACCGCAACUUAUCCAUUGGGUUUAGUCACAGGCACAAUAGUAAUUGGAAAAGUACCAGACCUUAUUGGACGAAAAUGGACUCUAAUAUGGAUUUCAAUUGGGGCUUUAUUCUCCUGUAUCGGUCUAUACCUAGCGACAAAUAUUUACACUUUUUUUAUAUUUAAGUACACUGUAUCAGUGAGUUUAGGUGGAGGGCCAAUUUUAGUACCUAUGUAUACAUCGGAGAUAGCUGAAGACCAUAAUCGAGGUCGUUUGGGAUUUUUUAUGACUUUUGGAAUAAUAUUUGGCGAGCUGUACGGAAACGUUGUCGGUGCUGUGACUUCUGUGAGUACUUUUUCUUUACUUUGUGGGAUACCUGCAGUAUUGAGUCUUGUCUGUUGUAUGUACUUACCAGAAUCCCCAGAAUAUCUGUUAAUGAAGGGAAGAAAAAAUGAGGCUAUUUUAGCACUUAAGAAAUUAAGAAAACAUAAACCCAUAACGGAAAUUGAGAAUGAAUGUUUGGAUACACAGAAUAUGGUCAAAAGUAAUUGUUCAACAAAGAGCAGUUUUUUAGAGCGCUUACAGGAAGAUAAGGGUAUUAGAAAAGGAUUUUAUCUUGCAGCCUCUGUUUUAAUCAUACAAAAUUCCGCAGGGCCGAUUAUAGUAGCAGCUUUUCUGAAUCCAAUUUUAAGUGAAGCUGCACCAGAAUUAAAUGGAGAUAUUUUAUCUGUAAUUGUUGUAAGUCUCAAAUUUAGUGCGGCGUUUGUGGGUACAUAUAUUGUUGACCGAGUAGGACGCAGAGUCUUGAUUUUAAUUGCACUUUUUGUGUGCGGUACUUCAAUGUUUGGUUUGGGAUUGUAUUUUUAUUUUCAACAUAACCAUUAUGAAAUACCGUUUGCUGUUAAAAUGGUACCAGUGCUUUGUCUCAUUUGCUUUGUUAUAGUAUUUUCUAUCGGUCUUAGUUGCAUACCUUAUACUUUAGUAGCUGAGUUACUUCCUAGUGACCUAAGAUCUCUAGGAAGUAGCAUCUGUCAAUUUCUUGGAGACAUUUUCUCCAUUUCUACAGCAUUUGCAUACCCUCUAGCUGCCAACUAUUUUGGAGAACAUUACUGUAUGUUUUACUUUUGUAUUGUUAAUUUAAGUGGUUGUAUUUUCUUAUAUUUUUUCCUACCAGAGACAAAGGGAAAGAGUUUCCUAGAAAUAACGAAUAUUUUAAGUAACUAACUUUUAUUUUCUGAUGUUUUAAUGGUUAAUUUGAUAACAAAAAUUUUGAUAAUAAACAUUAUGUAGUUAAAAAUGAAUCACGUGCUUGUGUUGAUCCUAUAAUUUCCAUUUAUGCCAUUUAUAUUAAAUACUGCUAGACCAGGAUUUUAAGCAAAAAGUAAAUCGAUUUUUACAUACAUCACCUAGAGAAUUGAAACUUUUUGCAUUAUGUUCAGGAUGAUGUCAGGAAAAACGUCUACUACAGAAAAAUCUGUCAAAAACAUGCCAAAAUACGUGUACUUAGGGAAAAAAGGCCAUCAGAACUGACCACCAGAGAACCUGGUGUCCAGGUUCAGUGCUAAGGAACGUGAUCUGAAGUUUUGAAGGCCUUUGGCACUAGAUUGAUGCAGAAUAUUCCUAGGGAGAUUUUUGCUGCUGCUAAAUAAAAAAAAAGCCAUCAGAACUGACCCCCGGUGCACCUGGUGCCCAAAAACCCUCCAAACUCCAAAAGAUAAUAUACCUUAGUAGUGACCUUGGGCACUAGUUGGUCCUGGGAUCAGUGCUGAUGACGUAUUCGUAUUCAAUGACCUUAUAAACCGCCAGAAAUCUAUUUGCAUGGAUUUAGUGCUGAAAACCUUCGAAACUCUAGAAGAUGACGUUCCUUAGCAGUGACCUUGGGAACCAGGUGCUCCGGGAUUCAGGUCUAAUGGCGUAUUCGUAUUAAACAACCCAUUUUAUUUAUUUUAAAAUGCAAUUGUGCAUUCCCACCCAUUUUUAUAUAGUAAACUUUUUUCCUGACAUCAUCCUGAACACAAUGCAAAAAGUUGCAAGUCUCUAGGCAGUAGCGUACUGAUAGAUCAGCGGGCCCUGGUUCCAGUUGGGAUUCGGGCAUCCGCCCAAAAUAUUAAGUAUAAAUUAUAAUAAAAUCAUGAUAUCAUAAAUUAUAUAAUAAAAUAUAUCAUAAAAGCUCAAGCUAAUUUAUAGUCCAUAUAGUUUACUCACGGUUUUUGCUAUAAAUUUUAAAGAACUGUUCGGAUUGAGAUGAAUUUUGGCAUAAACAUAGCUAACAUGUCAGUCAAAAAAAGUGAUACCGUAAAAUGGGGUUACUUUGACCGCUGGGGUGAAUUUGACCGAAAACAUAGAAUAAUAUCUAUUGUGAUAUACUUCAGCCACCCUGUAUAAUUUUUAAAAUUAUUUUUAACGAUUCAAAUUUAUAAAUAUCUAAGAAUUCAUUUUUAAUAAAAAAAAAGAAUUAAUAUUCCAAGGGUUGUUAAAUCCACCGAUAUAACGAAUUAAGAAAAAAUUGUUUAAAAAACGGUCAAAUUAACCCCACUUACAAGAAAAAUAAUUUUACAGGCAAAAUGCAUAUACGGUCAACUUCGCCCCAGAUGGGGUGAACUUGACCAAAGGCAUUUUUUAUUUUUUUUUUCUAAGUCAUAAACGCUCAAAAUAAAGUUAGACACUUUUUUUGGUAAAAAAAUGGUAAAAAUCACACCUUAAUUAGCAUCCCAAAUGAAAUUAAUCGUUACCGCUUCACAACUAAUCACAUUAAUCUUUACUUGACUUAUGUAUUGUUUAUAAUAUGAUCUGUAAGUUUUACCGCUUCAAAGUGCUCAUUUUUGAAAACAAUUUGAUUUUAAAUGAGAAAAAAUUAUAAUUUUGAAAAAAAAUUUCAAAAUAACUUACUAAUUAUUGGUGAUACCAAAAAUCUCAACUAGUAUAAAAAAUAUAGGUUUUUCUUUUGUGAAUAUUUUGGACUUUUUGUUUUCCUGAAGACAAAAAUUAUUGGUUAUGACAUGUCUGUUCAAAAUUUGCAUACACCGGAUUAGUGACUCGUUUCAGCCCAUUUGACUAUAGCCUUUUCAAAAAUAAGCACUUUGAACCAACGAAUCUUACAUAUCUUAUAAACAAUAAGUAAAGUAAUUUUUUGUCAAGCGGUAACGAUUAAUAUCUUUUACACACUAACAACUAGAAGGUCUAGUUAACAACUAGAAGGUGAUUUUCACGAUUUUUUUACCAACCAAAAAAAAGGUACCAACGUUAUUUCGAUCGAAAUUUAUUUACUUUGGAUGUUAGAAACAUAAUAAAAACAAUAGACUAUUACAGUAAAUUAAUAUUAAUCCUAUUGUUUUUCAUACUGACAUGACUGAUCACGAUCACUUUACGCCAGCCGUUUUUAUAAAUAAUAAAACUCAAAAAUUUUCUACAUCCAAAUCUCCAGUCAUAAUUAAAAACCUUAAUAUCGGAAAACUAACACAGCUUUUAAAAAAUGAACAUUGAAAUGAAAUUUAUAUCAACAAAAUAGAUUCUCAAAUUGCAGAUGAUACAUUUAUACAUAAAUAAGUUAAAUAAUUACAUACAAACCUCUAGGGAGAUAAAACGCUUAAAUAAAAAAAAAAAAAUAAAAAAACCUUGGAUAACGGUGGGGUUGAUAUCUUUUAUCAAACGACUAGAUUUUCUUAAACAGAAAUUAGUGUCUAUAAUAUAUAGGGACUUGUUAUUCUUACCACUUUUGUCUAUAUUUAGAAUUUAAUUUCAAUUUUUAAGAAUUUCCUACAAUAUAAAAGUACAGGCUGAAUGAUGACGGUUCUAUAAAUACGAGUAUCGAGCCUAUUGUAUUGUGAUUACUUUUAUGACCCAGUAUAAAACUUGCAAUGCAUAUUUGCAAAUUUGUAGUUUACCUACCUACAUCUUAUUCAUGAAUCUUGCUAAUACAGUGCGUAAAUCGUUCAGCUGGACAUAGGGAACAUACAUUGUAUAUAUUUAGCUACAUAAAUACGUACAUUGUAUUAUAUUAAGAUAAUUGUGGCAACUUCGCUCUCUCAAUGACAAUAUAGUUGUUAGUAUUAAGGGCCAUUAACCUCAAAAUUGACAAUUAAUUUCGGGUGACACAAAUAAACGUCAAAACAUGAUAUUGUAGUAGAACUAUUUUUGACCUAAUGGAAAAACUGUAUCUGUUUAAUUUGGAAAUUAAUUUUUAAAUAAAUGAGAUAUUAAAAAUUAAAGUAAUAUUAUUAAUUCAUCAGUCAUAAUCUUUGUUUUUGAUUUAUUUAUGGACUGUCUUGCAUUCAAAAUCAUUCAUUAUAUUCGUUGUAACAGCUCUAUUGCACCAGAAACUCGUAUUCGAACAGAAGUUUUAACUAACACAGGUUAGCGCAGUUGCCACAAUGAUCUCAAUGUAUAUUCCCUAUGUCCAGCAGAACGAUUUACGUACUGUAUAAAAAAUAUAAGUAUUUUAGUUAUCACGUGUAGGCAGGCCCUGGCGGUUAGCCUUUACAUGUGUUGAAAUAUGGGCUUUGGAAAGCAGGUAAAACUAGUAAAGAAUCUUACAACAGUAUUGUACACUGUAUUUCAAUAAAUUUUGUUUUCAAAUUUUUUGAGCAAUAGGAAUUCUUAGUUUUUAUUUAUAAGUACCUACACAAAAAUUAAAAUCUGUUAAGCAGUUACAUUUCCUAUGUAUGUACUUGUGUACAUAGUUCAAAAUGUCUCCAUCAAAUUAGAAACUAAAGAAGCAAAAGGCGCGUUAAAGCGGGCCUCUGCGGGGCCCGGGCCCUGAUUCUGCGGAGCAAGCGGAACGAUGCUCCGUACGCCACUGUCUCUAGGUGCUGUAUUUAAAAACCGAUUUAUUCGGGUGUUUUUAAGGCUAAAUGCCGUGGUCUAUGUGUGCCUAUUUUAUGUUUUGUAAAUAAUGUUUUACAUUAGUAAUUGUUAUUUUCAUGUCAUUUGAUUUAAAAGUAUAAUUGCCAGUAAA